AUGGGUCAAGAUGAAGUCGGUUUGGAGGUCAUCCCUCCUCCUCCGGGCUACUCAACCUCAAAUCAACAUGAGAAUUUUGUUAUGCCAACGUCUUUCACCAUCCACAAAAAAGGCGAUUCUGAGGUGAAAUUCAACAUACGGGGCAACACUGGCAGCACACCACUGUCAAUCGCAUGCACAUACAAAAACACGGAAGACGAUUUUGAGGCCAGAGUCAACCUUCUCCCACGAAAAGAUGAAAACGCCUCGCCUUUGGCAACAGUCACGUACUCUCGUCACAGUGCCGAGCUAGAAUUCACCAACACAUCUCCUCCUUCACAUAUAACAAUGUACUAUCGUCUUCUAGGCGAUAGAAACGCAACACAUACUUUCAACGUCAACACCCCGCAGCGAACAGGUUUUGAGUGGAGGAAUCUUGGUGAUGGUGAAGGAUGGAAGUUAUACAUAGGUUCGAAGCCUGAAGUUCUUGCGAUAGGUGCGCUGAAUAUGGGGUCUGAUAAGCCUACGCGAUUUGAAUUUACGGACGUACAGAUGGCGAAACAUGAGGUGGACUCUGACCAGCUUAAAAAGAGAGUCAAAGAGUUGGAGGCCGAGAACCGCAAUUUUAGAGCCUUGUUUGAAAGUUUAAAAGAACCAGAUGCUGGGACGAGUCAGGAGAUACUGGAGAGGAUUCAGGCUGGCGAUGAGUUGCAAACAGUUGUCAAAGAUGCCCGCGGCUUGUUAGGCAAGCGGAAGAGAUCACCAGGACCGACUACGAUGUCGAGUCAGCGACCUUCAGAUUGGACGACAUGCCGGGGUAUUUCACCCAGGAACCCGAAUACUUCUCCUACCGCAGUCAACCCUGUCGUAUUACCUUUGCAAGCUUCGACACGUUCCUUACCGCCUACUCCUCUGGCAUCGCCCCCCAUUCAUACUGUCUUGCUCAACGAAGCCAGGGCAAAGGAAUACUGUGAUCCUCGUCUCAACGACCUAUCCGUCUCAUAUUUGACCCGUGUGCCGAUAAGUAACCAAUCUGCGGCAACGCUCAUCUCGACAUUCCUCGAAACAUAUAAUUUUACUGCCGGUUUCAUCGACGGAAAUUUGUUUGUCACGGAUCUUGUUCAGCAUAACUCGACUUUCUACUCGGCCUUUCUUGUCAGCUCUAUACUCUUCCUCGUCCGUGUUACUCACGCCGCAUCCGAUUACCGAGCAGCUACCCUCGCACAAAGUUUCUUCAACUACUCAAAACAACUACCGCGCCGAAAGGCUACCUGA